CCCUCCGGCUCGCCGUCCGCUCCCAGCGUGCACUGCGGCCGCGCGCUGGGGGUGCCAUGGCGGCCGCGGCUGCGAGCUCUGAUAUGUUUGACGACAUCGUGAUGGCAGAUGAAAGGUUUCAUGGUGAGGGGUAUCAGGAGGGGUAUGCUGAAGGCAGCCACCUUGGAGCUCUUGAAGGAAGGAGGUAUGGAUCACUCCACGGUGCCAAGAUCGGGUCUGAGAUUGGCUGCUACCUUGGGUUUGCACUUACCUGGCAGUGUCUGCUCCAGAACUGCAGGGAUGAAAAGACCAGCAAAAAGAUCAGGGCUCUGGAUUCAUUAAUAGGAAUAAUUCAGAAAUUCCCAUAUGAAGACCCCACGUAUGAUAAGCUGCAAGAAGAUCUGGAAAAAAUCAGAGGAAAAUUUAAACAGGUUUGUUCAAUGCUAAAUAUUCAGUCUGAUUUUAGAAUCAGUACUGAAAGAUCUUCACUAACAUUUUGAAUGUAACAGAUGAAGAUAAACAUGGAUGACCAAAGAAGAAGCAUUACAAGAACAGAUAACUGGAAAAGUUUUUAUCUGCUCUUAUUUUAAACAAAUAAAAACAAUGAAGAGGUGCUAAAUAUUAAAGGAGAAAGAGAAAAGCAUUGAACUUAAAAUUGUAUUUCUCAUAUGUCAUUUAACGUGUAUCAUCUCCAGGUUUUAUUUAGGAUCACUGAAGCACCAAUGUGUAAACCUGUUAGAUAGAAAUAUUCAUUUUAAUUCCUUAGCAGCCUUGCACUGUACCUUAAUUCCUGCAAAGAAAAAUGUUAGCAUUUGCAAAGUUUCCUUAUUUAAAGGAUGUAUGUUAUUUAAAAAUCUGCAUAUGCAGAUCGUUUGGUUUACACAAUGUGUAGAUAUUGUAGGUGAAGUAAAAUAUAGUCAAUUACCUGGACUUUAGAGUAGGAAUAUUUUUAUGGGCAAAGGGUAGAACGACAAAUGAAGUCAGAAUGUGGAGGAAAAAGAUAGAUACCUGCUAAUAAAGUAGGUGCAGCUCAGAACAUGAAAUUUGUACUUCCCACUAGUUCUGCAGAUUGAUCCAGUGUGGGGAAAAAACAUCACCAAACCCAGAAAGCUGCCAGUGUAAGUGAUCAGAGCUGUGAUGCUGAUUUAAUGCAUUAGUACACUUUAUCAAAGAAUAGGUUUUUAUUUUCCAGCCUUGAAAAUAUACUCUUUAAGUCUCAUUCCAAAAAAAUAGAUGCCAUCAGCUAAAUGUAUUCAGCUGUGUUAGUUUGAGAGGGAUAGAGUCCAUACGAAUUACUUUACCUGAAAGGUGUUUUAAGUUGGACUGCUGAACCUCUUGGCAUACCAUUUGCAACACAGUUACAUAGUGAGUUCUGGAACACUUUCCAUGAGUUGCAACAUACACACCUAUUGUGUGCCUUCAUAAAGAGAGAUGUGACUGCCAUGGAUAUUAGAAGCUUUGUGCAGGGUAAACUAUCUCAGGUGAAGGAUGUGUUUUGAUCUGGCCAUAUCCUUGGACAGCACUAUUUUGUGCCAUAUAGACCUUUACUUUUUACUUUUACAGCUUUUUUAUUGUACAAGAAAAUAGGCAACUUGAAUUUUUAAAUCUUUGCCAUGCAUUCACAUCUUGGAUAUGAAAGGCAUGCAUUCUGCUAAAAGUUUUGGAUUUUGGACUCUGAAGAUAAAACAGUUUUGCUAACUAUAUGGAGGGAGUUGUGUGCCUAUAAAUUGAUUUAUUUCAAAAUAGCCUCUUGUCUGUUGCCUGAGUAUCCGAGUAUGCCAAUAUCAGAGGCUUUUCUUAACUGGUUGGUGUACUUUUUUUUUUGUAUUUGUCUUACAUGGGUAAGUGUUCAAACAGCUUUGAUGCACAGAGUGUCGGUCGGAGCCAUCUGGUGGAGGAGGUCAGGGUAUUCUGUAAGAAAUACAUGAAAACAGUUAAAUAUUUAUAUAAAGUUCAUUAAAAUGGAGUGCAGAACACGGGUAUGCAUGAUACAGCUCUUCUAACUAUGUGUGAAUUUCUUCAAAGUAAAGUAAUGAGACAGAAUCAUCUGUAGAUGUUUCUCAAUUUGACACCUUGGAAGGAACAUGGCAGCAUUGUCUGUUUAUUUAAGGCAGUUUGAGCACAGCUGGCUUUUACUUGUUAUACAGUCACAUAACCAGAAAAAGCAUCAACCUGCAAAUAUCUGAAAAUAGAAACAAAACAAAAUACCCUGUAAUCUCAAUAAACAGAUAGGCACAAAACAAAAAGAUUGCACAUUUAACUUUAUAAUUUGACUAAUUUGCUAAUUUGACUUUAUAAUCACUUUAGAGAAAUCCAAAUUCAAAAAGUUGUCUCUGCAUCUAUAAACCAGUUUAGUUUUGCAAAUUGAAGUAUUUCACUUCAAUUUAAUGAAAGGAACCAAAUAUUCAUCUGUGAUAGAGUCAAAAUAAUUUUUCUUGAAGUCCAUGAGUUAUGCUUUGAAUAAACUCACCCUGGAUCUUGGUCUAAAACCAGACAGUUUUGUUUUUCUUCUGAAUGGUAGUACAAAGAGAAGUAAACACUGGAGGUGUUAGUAUUCAUAUUUUAAAAUGUGGCCAUUUUUGGAAUCUUUCUUUGUGGUUUACAAAAAUGUAUAUAAAUGCAAAGGGGAGCAACAUCAGAGCUCCAAGUGUCUGUGAAGCAUUUGGUCAAAUAGUAGUGUGUGAUAUGUAGGUUAUAUGCAAAGUGCUACUAUAGAGAUUGUAUUGAAACAGCAUUAUUUUUGUUUGACUGAGGAGAGAAAGGGUCUUUGCAGGUCAAGCAGUUAAUGAUUUAUUUUGAAAAUUGGUUUGGUGGGUAAUUUUCUUGUAUUGCUUUAAUUUUAUUGAUAACAACUAAUAUUAUUAGAAUAUAUUAUUCUAUAACUGUAUUUGUAUAUACACAUAGUUAACUAUAAAGAUUGUAGCAACCAGGAUUUCAGACUGAAAUAUGCCAGGUUUAGGGUUGCCUGUUGGGUCUUUAAUUCAGCUCCAUAUGUGUGUACAAACUGCUGGAGUCUCUUAUUC